ACUAAUGUGACAUCUGUGGAGGAGAGGAAUGUUACAGAGAAGGAUGAUGGACUUGAGAAGGCAGAACGAACAGAACAAAGAAAGGAGAUUCUGCCCAGCAAUAUAACGAAUGAUGUUGUUGUGAAAGAGAAAGAAGAACUUCUACCUUCACAGGAAAGCACGAAAGUGACAUCUGUGGAGGAGAGGAAUGUUACAGAGAAGGCAGAACGAACAGAGCAAAGAAAGGAGAUUCUGGCCAGCAAUAUAACGAAUGAAGUUGUUGUGAAAGAGAAAGAAGAACUUCUACCUUCACAGGAAAGCACGAAAGUGACAUCUGUGGAGAAGAAGAAUAUUACAGAGAAGAGUGAUGGAAAAGAUGUCGAGAAAGAAACUGUAAUUCAAAAAGAAGUCCAAAAGAAUGUGUGUAAUAGCGACAUCAAAGAGGUUCGUAACGAAAAACAUCUUAAUGAAACAAUUGAAGACUUGAAACACCAAGUUGAUGACGUGAAAAACAAGAUGAAGGAAGAAAAAGCAAAGGCUGAAGAAACAAAUGCUGUCGUUGAAAAGACAGUCCCUGCUGUGACGCCGGCGAAGGUUGUUAGAAAGGAUGUGCCCUCGGUGGGAGAAGGAAAAGACUCCGUUGUGACUCGAGUUGUUGAACCCGUUACCCCUUCGGUGGUAGCAGAAAAAGUACCCGUUGUGACAAAUCAGACCGUUGCUGAAAAGAUUCCCCCUACGGUGACCGAAGGAAAAGUCCACGUUGUUAAAGAAGAGAAAGUUAUUGAAAAGGUUGUGCCCUCGGUGACGGAAGAAAAACUCCCCGUUGUGACAAAGGAGAAGGUUGUUGAGGAGGCUGCCCCUUCGGUGACACAGGAGAUCGUAAGUGUGUCUAAGGAGCAAGCAGAACUUCCUCUCGUGGCAGAGGAGAAGAAGGUUAUUGAAAAGAUUAUCCCCUCGGUGACAGAAGGAAAAGUCCCGGUAGUCCCUCAACAGGAGGUUGUAGAAAAAGUUGUCCCUUCGCCGACAGAAGAAAAAGUUCCUGUUGUGACACAAGAAAGGGUUAUUGAGCAGAAUGUCCCACAAGAAAGGGUUAUUGAACAGUCUGUCCCACAAGAAAGGGUUAUUGAAAGGGUUGUCCCACAAGAAAGGGCUAUUGAACAGGCCGCCCCUACAGCGACAGAAGAAAAAGUUCCUGUUGUGACACAAGAAAGUGUUAUUGAACAGAAUGCCCCACAAGAAAGGGUUAUUGAACAGAAUGCCCCACAAGAAAGGGUUAUUGAUCAGAAUGUCCCACAAGAAAGGGUUAUUGAACAGAAUGCCCCACAAGAAAGGGUUAUUGAACAGAAUGCCCCACAAGAAAGGGUUAUUGAACAGAAUGCCCCACAAGAAAGGAUUGUUGAACAGAAUGUCCCACAAGAAAUGGUUAUUGAACAGAAUGCCCCACAAGAAAGGGUUAUUGAACAGAAUGCCCCACAAGAAAGGGUUGCCCCACAAGAAAGGGCUAUUGAACAGGCUGCCCCUACGGCGACAGAAGGAAAAGUUCCUGUUGUGAUAAAAAAGAAGGUUACUGAACAGGCUGCCCCUUCGGUUACAGAAGAGAUUGUCACUGUUUCUAAAGAGAAAGAAGAAGUCCCUGUUGUAACAGAGGAAAAGGUUCCCGCUGUGAGAAAUGAGACAGUUAUUGAAAAGAUUACUCCUUCCGUAACAGAAGAAAAAGUUGUCAAUCAACGGAAGGUUGUUUCUUACGAAGAUGCUACAGAAAAUCAGGAAAAUCAAAUUACUGAAGAUGAAGAAACGGACGAAACUGAAUUGAAGUUUAUCAUCACCAUACAAGAGAGAAUAGUCCGCGAACAGACAGUCUCGAUCACACCCGUGAUGGACAAGGACGCCAACACAAGAAGGAAUGGAAAAGUGGCGAAGAAACAACUGAAAAGAAUAAUGAAGAAGGUUGCCCGCGCCGUACGGGAAGAAUUAAGCAAGCGACACAAGACAGCGGGGGCGGGACAGUAGCAGCAGAAGCUAUAACCAGUGUGAGGGAACAGGCUGCCACUCUCCACCAAACCGACAGCCACCACCACCAAAAUGUCCCCUCAACACCCAGCUGCUUGCGAUGGGAUCCUAAAACUAAAUCCCUAAGAAAGUGUUCCAUAUUUUCUUGUCUUUUCUUAUCUAUCUAU